CACUGGAGCAGUUUUACCGCCAACUGUUGCAAGGUGGUAGGAGUUGCUGUUGCUUGGCAACAAAUGGCUUCCUGAGGUCAGGGGUCAAUAACUUCGGCGAAAAGCCUUCUGGGGUUUGUAGUUCCAGAUGAGGAACUAUUAAGUCUCAGGUCUCAGCAGGAUCCUCACCUCCCAGCCGGUCUCCCCUACCAACACUGAGUCCAACCCUCUUCGGAGCCCGCCGUCUUCUCCUAGCAACCGUCAAGGGAUGCACUGAACCCACACAGUCAUGGCCUCAGCAGGGGCCAAGAGGCAGCCAGAAGCCCAGAAUGGGGCGACAAUAGGAUUAGCCCAGGUUGCAGAGAUCCCUGAGUGUCCAGGACCAGGAGAAAAGUGUCUGGUGCCCGCACAUGAGACCUGCAGAACCCUAGGUGAAGACAAGUAUUCAGUAGGACACAGCUUCGAGCCGGAGCUUCAGGAGGAAGGAAUAAACCGGGGAGAGGAAGGCAUCAAUCCAGGGGUGGAAACAGGAGAGGAGAGAGGACCCAAGCCUACAUCAUCCAUCGUGAGGCCCAGUCAUGGACCCAAGAGAAAACCUAUCAAGCCUCUUGUCCCAGGCUUGGGCACCCCAGCCCUCCCAGGCCCAGGCUACCAUGCCCACCCUAGGGCUGAAGCUGAACUGCCACCAGGGAUGCUGCUGCCGAAGGAGGAGCCAGAGGGCAGUCACAGCGAGUCUUCACUGUCUGCUAAACAGCACAAAAAAGCCAAGAAACGCAAGAGUGUAGGGGCCCCUGUGCCCCCGGCUGUAGCUGGCACAUCCACCCCUACGGAGACCCUGGGGCUGGAGCGAAAAGCCCAGCGCCUGCGGCCACUGUACCAAUAUAUCAACUAUUGCAACCCUGAGCUGAAUCAGGCAGGGGACGGGGAUAGAGAGUCAGAGGUGGAGCCCGAGUCGGAGUUGGCCCUGGCUCCUGAGGAGGCAGGUGUGGAGCAGCUGCAGUUGCAGGCCUGGCUGCCUGUGACAGGUGAGCUGGGCUUAGCCCUUGCUUUGCCCUGCCCUAAUACAUUAGUGCCACUCACUCACACUCCUCCUUCUCUAGGGCAGGAGCUUGGAGAGGAGCCUGGGGGGUUGUGUGGUCUAAGGAUGAGUGGCAGCCUCAAGGCUGAGGUCGAUAAGACAACCCAAGUGGAUAUUGACAAGAUGUUGAGUGUCUGUGCCGCUCCUCUUGUACCCCCCCUCUCCCCUCAGUACAAGUGACCACACCCACUGACAGUGUCUCUC